AUGAUGUGGCCGUCGAAGGAUGUUUUGUGUUGGGAAGCUGCUUCGAGUGCUUCUACUUCUGCCAGCGAUGCUGAUCUUGCUGUGGGUGUCAGGGAGGUCAGGAAAUCUUGGCUGGUUUCAACUGCCCGGACUGAAGCCUGGCGAGACGAGCUGGACGAGGCGCGCAAUGCUGCGUUGCAGAUGUGGAAAGCCAUUAUCCUACAGUCUGUAGACUCUACAAAGCUUGGAAAGAUUCUUCAAACAGUCGGGGAUGCAGAGGAACUUGAGGCUUCUUUGAGGGACACGUUUGCUGGAAAGGCUACGUCCACUCUUACGUCGCGAGCUGGUUCUUUGCUUAUCUUUGCCAAGUGGAAGUCUACUACUCUUGGAACAGAUGUGGGCGCGAUUUUUCCGAUGUCUGAAAAAGAGGCAUAUUCGUACCUCUGCCAACUCCGGAGGGAAGGUGCCCCUAGAUCCAGAGCUGUAAAGUUUGUGGAGGCUGUUGGAUUUGCCAAAGGGAUGAUCGGGUCAGAUGUGGAUGCAGUUCUGACUUCGCCGAGGGUCAAGGGAGCAUGCAGUCCUGUGGUUCCGAACCCUCCUGUGAGAAAGAAGGCCCCUCUUCUUCUUCGCGAGAUUGUCUUCAUCGAGAAACUUGCGGUUUCAGCUGACCCCUUCAGUCAGGACGCCAUAAUUGCAGGUUAUGUCUGUGUGCUUCUGCGUUGUCGCUUGAGAUGGAGUGAUGGCAUGCACAUGGAGAGCGAGCCCACCUUAGACUUGUGUGGGAACGGGGAUGGCUUCUUCGAAGGGAGGCUAGACGAUCACAAGACUUCGGCUGCAAUGGGUUUCAAGGUGUUGCCAGUGGUUGCUGUCUUACCGGGAGUGUCGGGACUCAGUUGGGCCGAGCAUCACCUGUCGAACCGUAAGAAGCAGGGCCUUGUGGCGGGGCCUGGAAAACCUUUCCAACCGGCGACGAUCCUCAGCUGGCUCUCUAGAGCGCCGGCUCCGUCUGACAUACAGAGGAGGGCUGGAUAUCAUUUGGCAGCAGGCGAGCGCGAUCCCGCAGAAUAUGAGCGGGAUGGCCAGACGGCGGUUCUGCACUUUAUACAAGGAGUGAUGAUGUGUAUCGCUCAAGGAUUUUUCUGUCCGGACGCGCAGCGUUCUGGAAGGUGGUCUGGCUGCCGCUCGGUUGAUGAGGGCGUGGCUAUUAUCGCUGGGCAUACAGCUUUGAGCACGGGCCCGCCUGACCUCGAUGCCAAGAGCGAUGAUGGUGACGAGUCCGAGGUUUCGGAAUGCGGCGAUGGAGGCCACUCCGAGGCCGAAGAGGCUGCAGCGGAAACUGUUGUGCAUCAGGUCUCUCAGUACUUGGCAAGUGGCCGGCAGGACGCUGAUACGCAGAGGCAUCACUACAGUGGUGUUAUCUUAUGA